GAUGACCGGAACAACGGAAAACGAUAAUACUGGAGAAGAUGAAAAGCCAAAGGAUGAAGAAUGUGCAGCUAUUGAGCAUAAAGAUAAAUUCAACCCAACAGCAUAUCUCAAUAGUUUCUAUAAAACAGCAUCAGAAGAUACAGCAAUGCAAAUAGUACUCUUCUUUCUACCUGGAAUCCUUUAUCGUUUACCUCAAAAAGUUCGAAGUGUUCUGGAUUUGGGUGCAGGUCCAACUGUAUAUCUUCCAAUUUCUUUGCGGGAUCGUGCUGAAAAUAUUUAUACUUCUGACUAUGCACCAGCUAAUCGAGAUACACUUAUCAAUUGGAUUGAGGACAAAUCUGACUUUGAUUGGGACAAUGUGUGUUCAUGGAUUGCCAAUAUUGAAGCAUCUAUGGAAACUGGAAAGCAAAUGCAGAAUAAGACGAGAAAGUUGAUGAGAGCAGUUUUAGAUGUGAACGUCCAUGAAUCUCCGGUUGUUCAAUCAAUUGUCUGGAAAGAAAAUGAGCAAGUUCAAGUUCCAGACAAAUUUCAAGUUGUAUCAACUGUCUUCUGUCUAGAGUAUUCAUGUGAAACUCUUGAAGCAUAUUUCCGGGCGGUACGAAGUGCGUGUUCCCUUAUUGAUGAAGGUGGUAUUCUGAUUCAAGGUGGUGUUCUCGAUGCAACGACCUACAAUUUUGGAGGAAAAACAUUUCGAUGUCAUCGGCUGAAACAAGCACAUAUAAUUGAAAGUCUCAAGGCAAAUGGUAUGGCGACAACUGCCGAACAAGGAUAUAAAUUCAUUACACAUGACGACAUUUUCUUACUUGUAUCGAAGAAACUUUAGUUAAAUAUUUUUUAAUUUGUUGUGUUUUUUUAAAAAUAUUUUAUAAACUUUUAACUAUUCAGUAAAGUUAGUACCACUUCCU